AGAAUUCCCCUUUAUUUGGAGAGAAAAAGAUAUAAAAUACCUAGGAAUAAAACUUGCUACCUCAUAUAAACAACUGUAUAGAUUAAACUAUAUUUCUCUGAUAAAUGAGAUUAAGGACGAACUAAAAAAGAUUAGAAGGAGGAAAUCCAUCAUGGUUAGGACGUAUGAACCUAAUUAAAAUGGUAAUUAUCCCUAAAAUAUUGUAUAGAUUUCAAAUGAUCCCGAUCAAACUCCCAGAGGUGUUUUUUUAAAAUAAUGAGAAAAAUGUUUAACAAGAUAUAUAUGGAGGAAUAAAAAGCCAAGAGUAUCAUAUAUGAAACACUAAGUAGGACUAAAGAGAAAGGGGGGAUGGGACUACCUGAUGUCAAGAGAUAUUACAAAGCAGUAAUUUUAGCAAGAAUCUAUGACUGGACGUUUAAUCACAAGGGAAAAGUUGGGUAAAAAUAGAGAAUGAUCUGAGUGGAAUUAAUUUGAGUAAGAUGAUAUGGGUUCCAGCAUAUUAUAGAAGAAUUAAAGAGGGCACAAGCACUUACACUUUAAUGGUUUUAAGGAUAUGGGAUAAUCUACAUAAACACAUGAAAUGGAAUUCAACUCUAUAUUAUUGCCUCUUGCAAACACGGAAUUUUUCCCCCCCAGGAAAAGAUGAGAUAUCAGGGAGAUGGUUUAAAAAGGAAGAUAUCCAAUUGAGAGACGUAUUGGAAGAGGGGGAAUUGAGAACAUUUAAAGAAUUAAAAGAGAGAUGGGAGGAGAUAUGUUUACUAAAAUAGAUGAGUGGAAAUAUCAUCAAUUGAAAUGUUUUAUAGGAACUCUCCCAAAAUCCUUGAGAUUAAAAAAGGAGUGGAAUAUGUUUGAAAGGCUACUAGAAACACGUAGAGAUGGGAAACAUGGUGUUACAAAAAUGUAUAGAAUACUUACAGAACUAGACACAGACACAAAGUUAAUUUUUAUAACAAAUUGGGAAAGAGAUAUGGGGGUGGUGAUAGAUGAAGAUCAACAGAAUAAGAUAUUUAGACUAAUUCACGAGUGUGUUAGUAUGAGAGAAGUUGAGAUUAACUAUAAAUGUUUGACACGAUGGCAUAUUACACCGAGCACUGAGCACAGGAUGAGGGGGGAGAAUUCAAAAAUGUGUUGGAGAGGAUGUGGGGAAGAGGGCACGGUGUUUCACAUAUGGUGGCAAUGUCCAAAAAUCCAGGUUUUCUGGAAGACAAUAGUCAAAUUAAUAGAAAUAAUAACUGGAAAUGACAUAGGAUUAGACCCAACCAUGUGUCUCCUACAUAGUGUUGAGACAACAGUAAAUAAAUAUAAAGAAUCAGGUGUAUGGUACUACUUGAGUGCUGCAAAAGGGUUGAUCCCCAGGUUUUGGCGGAGGAUAGAGGUGCCAACGGAGGAGGAUUGGAUCAAUAGGGUAAACCAGAUUAGCAGAAUGGAAAAAUCUUAUCAUAUUCAGGAAGAUAGGAUGAAAAUAUACUAUUUACGAUGGGAAAAAUGGGAAAAAUCGGGAUUGAAAGAGAAAUAUAGAAAACUCUAA